AUGGACUCACCGGAAACACACAGCAAGAAGCGGGAAGCACCUGCACUCAAGGUUGGUGAGGGGAGCUCUUCCUCUCAGGUUUUGGUGAAGCCAGGGCACAGAGAGGGGCCGCUACAGCCCAACAAGCAGAAGCAGCUAGCAACUUCUCGCUCGCUGGUCCAUUAUUUGAGGGGCCGUGCGGUGAGCACUUGGAGCAGUGCCGGGCUCCAGGGCUUCGAGGGUAAGCUGCACAGCUAUACGGUGCUGAGGCUUCCCGAGAUACUGACUGAGCACCAGCUGGCGCUGGGCACCCUCAACAAGGUUUUCGCCUCUCAGUGGCUAAACUCCAGGCAGGUGGUGUGUGGCACCAAGUGUAACACGCUCUUUGUGGUGGACGUGCAGUCUGGCCAAAUCAAUCGCAUCCCUCUGAUGCGGGACCGGAUGCCUGCCCUGACCCGGGAUCAGCCAACCUGCGGCAUCCAUGCCAUUGAAUUAAAUCCCUCCAAGACACUUCUGGCCACCGGGGGCGAAAAUCCCAACAGCCUGGCUGUCUACCAGCUGCCCACCUUGGACCCCGUUUGCCUGGGUGACCGCCAUGGGCACAGGGAUUGGAUCUUUGCCAUUGCCUGGAUGAGUGACACCGUGGCCGUGAGUGGCUCCCGUGAUGGCACCAUGGCAUUGUGGCGCGUGGACCCUGACAAGUUUAUUGGCAGCAGUCCCUGGCACAACGAUGCAUCUCUUCCCUUGUACACCCACAUUCAUCCAAAGGACAUAGAGUCCAUCCCCAGGGCCAGCAGCAACCCCAGUAACCGCAAAGUGCGAGCCCUGGCCUUCAGCGGCAAGAACCAGGAACUGGGAGCAGUGUCCCUGGAUGGCUAUUUCCACCUGUGGAAAGCACGAAGCCACCUAUCCAGGCUGCUGUCUAUCAGGCUGCCCUACUGCCGAGAAAACGUGUGCCUGACCUACUGUGAUGAAUUGUCCCUGUACGCGGUGGGCUCCCAGUCUCACGUCUCCUUCCUGGAUCCCCGCCAUCGCCAGCAGAACAUUCGGCCCUUGUGCUCCAGGGAGGGCGGUACAGGUGUGCGCUCCUUGAGCUUCUACCAGCACAUAGUCACUGUGGGCACAGGCCUUGGCUCCCUGCUCUUCUAUGACAUACGUGCUCAGAAGUUCCUGGAAGAGAGGGCCUCAGCCAGUCUAGACUCCUUUCUGGGACCCACAGGGAGGAAGCUCAAACUCACCUGUGGCAGAGGCUGGCUCAACCAUGAUGACCUUUGGUUGAAUUACUUUGGUGGUGUGGAGGAGUUCCCCAAUGCCCUCUACACUCAUUGCUACAACUGGCCUGAGAUGAAGCUUUUUGURGCUGGGGGACCUCUCCCUUCAGGCCUCCAUGGGCACUAUGCAGGCCUCUGGAGUUAA